CGACAGGAUCACUCAGCAAUCAUGAGGUCUCUGGUCUUUGUUCUGCUCAUUGGAGCUGCUUUUGCCCUGGAUGAUGACAAGAUUGUCGGAGGGUUUGAGUGCACACCUUACUCUGAGCCCCAUCAGGUGUCUCUGAACAUUGGCUACCACUUCUGUGGUGGCUCCCUGGUCAAUCAGAACUGGGUUGUGUCUGCUGCUCACUGCUACCAGUCUCGUAUCCAGGUGCGUCUGGGAGAGCACGACAUUUCGGUCAAUGAGGGAACUGAGCAGUUCAUCGACUCCUCCCGUGUCAUCCGCCAUCCAGAGUAUGAUUCCUGGAAUAUUGACAGGAAUCACUGAGACAUCUAAAACCUGCAGGGACACCGGCCCUCGUGGACUGAGAUUGGGGACCCCUGAUAUAAAAUGUAAGGCACUCACAGAAAGUUAUACACCUUGACUUUCAUUAGUUUUACCUGAUUAUCUGCAAAUUGUUUGACAAAAAAAAUCAGUGCCAGAGAUUCCAGCAGGAUCAACAAACUAAUCCGCAAGGCUGGAAGCAUCAUUGGCCAGAAUUUGGAGGUCUUUGAGUCAGUGAGGGACACGAGGUCACUGAACAAACUGCCCUCCAUCAUGGACAACCCAUUCCACUCACUCCAUUCCACUCUUCUGAGGCAGCAGAUCUCCUUCUCCCUCAGACUGAUUCAACCUCGCUGCCAUAAAGAAAACUUCAGGAAAUCAUUCCUACGGUUCUCUAUAAAGCUAUAUAACAACUCUUCAUUCUGUAAUAGGUGAACACACCUGCAAGGCAUGAGAUCCAAAAAAUAUUUUAUAUUUUACUUUCAUGCAGUUGUUCUUCUUACAUUUAUUGUAUAAAUAUUAUUUAUUAGUGGAAUUUGUACUUCUCUCUUACACAAUGUCAGUCUUACCUUUACUGUUUUUAACUAACUUAAUUUUUACUGUUCUUUUUUUUUAUAUCACUGUUGUAAAUUUAUUAAUUUCCACUCUCUCUCAUAGUAUAAGACCCUUACUGGACAUGUGGGUCUAUCUGUCUGUCUGUCUGCAAGGUGCCCUGGUCCUGUGGCUGCAAAACAAGCCCAAAUCAUCAACCCUCCAACAGCUGAUAGUGGUAUAAGGUGUUUGUGCUCAUAUGCUGUGUUUUGUUUAAUUCCAAAUAUGGUGCUGUGCAUUCAUAAACUUUAACAUUUAUAAUGCUAACUGAGGCCUGUAGAGUGUGAGAUAUUUUUCUCUUGUUAAUUUCUCUGAGCAUUGCGCAGCCUGGCCUUAGGGUGAAUCGUCCUGGGACGAUUGGCAGUUGUCUUGACGACCCUUCUCAGAUUGAUGGGCAGCAUCAAAUACUUCUGCUUCUAAGAUGAGUGCUGAUAUCUUUAAUCAUUGGCAUAAUGUAACACGAUCGAGUGCUCCAGACCAACAAUCUGCCAAAACAACUUUUAAAGAUGCUCAUACUUGCCAAUGAUCAAGUGCAUUUAGUUGGUGCCUCGUGGCUGCUAAAUAUCCUCUUAGGUGUUCUGCAAGAAAAUUAAAAUAGCAGUUCAACAAGGAGAGCUAGGAGAGCUAGGAGAGGGGCAGAUGUUCAUGCUGCAUUCACAGACACCAUGCAGGAAUGGAACACUCAAAUCAACGACAGAAGCAAAAAGUUGUACUUCUUUUUUCACACAUUGUUUUUGCAUUUUAGCUUAAUUGUUGUUAAAAAAAGAAGAAAAGACAUGGUGUAAUAUGUCAUGCAUUGUUGUUCAUCUGAUGUUGUAUUUAAAUAAUUUUAGAACUUGAUGAGGACCAGAUGAUCUUUUACUAUGUACUGAUACACGAAACCUUUGAACUGAAAGAGGAGUUUUCUAUUUAACAAGACUGUAUUUGAACAUAGGUAAGAAACGUCAUAUGAAAUUAAGUCUUACUAAACUCUUUAUUUGCAUCUUUUUAAAUCUUUAUGAUAGACUUGUCCUUUUUCUGAUGACAAAACACAAAAUAUUUAGGUUGCGGUGGAAAUAUAUGUUUGCACUAUUGUACCUCUGUGCCUCAGAUUAUGAAGAGAUGGCAUCACUUCCCUUGAAAAACUCAUGAAAGUAAUUAAACUUACUAAAGUAUAACAUCUUUGCACAAAAUGUAACUUCAGACUGAAUGAGGGUCAGCAAGAAUAAAAAUUACAAAUAUUUUGUAAA